AUGGCUGGCAGAGUAUCGUCUCAGCUCGACCUCUGGUAUACAAAGGACUUAUUAAAAGAGUUGGUUCAGACAUCAACGUGGAAUCGUCCACUAUUGCAACAAUUGUUCGAGAGUGAGGAAAUCACUCGCAUCACGGGUAUCCCUGUGGCCACUGGCUAUAAACCGGAUCACUGGGGAUGGUUUUAUACAACAACGGGUCGGUAUACGGUCAAAUCGGGAUAUAGUGUUUUACAGGAGCUCUCAGAUGAGGGGACACUGCCAGUAUUCGGACCGGACAUCCGGCGUUUGCAAGCGCAAUCCUGGAAGGUCAAAUGUACUACAAAACUCCAACAUUUCCUUUGGCAAAUCAUUACCGGGUGUUUAUCGGUUGGCGCGCGAUUAUGCAGUCGGGGAAUGCGGGUGGACCCGCAGUGCGUGAGAUGUGGAAUGGGAGAGGAGACUAUCAACCAUAUGCUCUUUGAGUGUCCUCCGGCGCGCCAGGCAUGGGCACUCUCCCCCAUACCUACACCUCCUCAGCAUUUUCCUACGGACGCACUUUUUUCAAAUAUGGCACACCUAUUUUGGAACCUCCCAGAUGAUGAUGAUAUGUCGAUGUACCCAUGGUUGCUAUGGUUCAUUUGGAAAGCUCGGAAUUACAAAGUUUUCUCAAAUGAUGAUCAUAAUCCACAUGAUGUAAUGGAAUCCGCAAUAACGGAAGCAAGGGCAUGGGCAGUGGCCCAAACGGUGAUAGACAACUCUGCUCAGUUGGUGAAGAUGGUGUCCAAACCGGCAGAGUGGCCAGCUUUUGCGAUCUUACUUGAAGAAGUGGAGAAAUACAAAGGGAUGUUCCAGGAGUUCUCGCUCACACACAUCCCUAGGACGAAGAACACGAAGGCAGACAAGCUAGCACGGAGUGCUCGAGCUCAGCCUCAAGAUGUGUACUACAUAAACUCAAUUCCACCGGCCUCGCUUCCCGGACCGGCUUAG